GGUUCAUUAGACGACCACGAGCCGAUCUGGUAACACUGUGUGCUUCAAGAGAAGAGGAAGAGCAGCACGAUGGCGUCCACCUCAGUGGUUCUCCUGCUCCUGUCUGCAGGUUUAUUCAUGGUAACAGUCGGAGAUGAUUGUAAGAGCUACUACACCAGCAAUAACGAGUACAGAUCUUCGAUGACAUGCCUGUUUGGGACACACUGCUGUGGAACCUGCGAUAACAGAUUCUGCUGCCCCUUUAGAUUAUUGAAGUUAUCCAAGCAAAGGCAAAAUUUUUGCAAUAUAAACAUUGGUAUUGUCAUUGGCUUAUCAGUUGCGGGGGUUGUGGUCCUCAUCAUCUCGGUCGUCGUCACCUGCUGCUGCUGCCCCUGGUGUUGUCUCUAUCAAAUGUUCAGAAACCGCAGACCUGAGGUACAAACACAUGUAACUACAGUCAUGAAUACACAAUCCAUUCAGAUGCAGCCUGUAAUGCAGGAAGUCCAGUACGCACAAUACCAACCAGUGCUGACUCAACCAGGUUACGGAGGUCAGCCUAUGCAGACAGAACCAUAUCAGGAACAGUUAUAUGCACCUGGACCCGCACCCUCGUAUGACAUGGCCAGUAAGAACACCUAGUGCUGGAUAGACUGAGACCAUGUAGUAUCUGGAGGCUGCAGGUCAGUUUCCUGCUCCCUUCAGCCAGGCUGCAUAUGAUGAAGAUCAGAUCAUGUACGCUCUACAACCCAGCGCUUCUCACAGACCACACCUCACCUCUACCGCCAUACAACCCUGAUUACGUGGAUUCACCAGAAUCCAGUUAAAACCCCACCCCACCACCCAUACACAAACACACACAUACACACACACACACACACCCACACACACUCAAAAUGGCCUGUUAUCAACACUGGAUUGUGGAGGGUUUUGCAUUCCCACGCUUCUUCUACAGACUCUGAAAAGAUUUAGCUGAGAAUAAAAGUAUUGUUGUUACAGUUUAGUUUAUACAUGCUUUGUGAACUUUUUUUCCCUCCAGUAAUGACCCACUGUUUGUUUGUUUCUCUUCAAUUUAACCAGAUUUGUUCUCAGUGUUUUCACAUCUUUUGUUGUAUGACCUUUUGUUUAAUGGUCAAUAAAUGGCAUCUUAAACUAAUUUUUUUAAUGGUCAAAAGUUAAUGCAUCUUCUCUACUUGUGAAAACAAUCCUUUGUACAAUUUUAUUAUAGUUUUUGAACAUUAUUCUAUCAAA